AUGGCAUCCAAUCAUAGCGAGACCGACGAGAAUGGUAUGCAGAUCCCCCUCCAGAAGGAUCUCAAACAAGACAAAAGACUGAACAGCCGUGAAGAGGACAUGACGCCCGAGUUUAGGGAGAUGCCUAAAGGUCUAAGAGACGCCGACAUCGACGACAAGCUGGAGAACGAUGAGGAUGCCGCCCGCUUCCUCACAUUGAUGGAAGGCGAGCACAUCCGGGCCCACGACUGGGAACCCAUCAGAAAGGUUCUUCAGGAUGAAAGUUCCUCGAAGCUAGAUCUCACCAUGCGCGUCCACGAACUGUUCAGUAGUCUCAUCGGAGACAUUAUCAAAGCGGGACGCCCUUUCUGGUCUUCCGAAUCGCCAUCGGAGCAUUUCAACUACGAAGCCAUGAGCUCUGCGCCGUAUCAUGUAGCGCGUAUGCUUGGAUUGUUCAACGCAGAAGACAAGCGAGACGCGCUGUAUGUCUGGUCUGAACUAAAAGAUCAGAUACCCAAGGAGGAACACAAAAUCUGGCAUGCGAUCGACAUCUUCUCCUCGGCCUAUCGAAACCCCUUAGAGGCGGACUAG